CCGGUGACCUGGCUGACCUGCAGGGCGGCCUGUACUCCCAGUGGACGAAGUGGUCGCGUUGUUCCCGACGCUGCAGGCAGAGACGCCAGAGGUCGUGUCGGGUACCUGCCGUGUGUGGCACAGCGCUCCUCAAGGAGGAGAGGAGCUGCCGCGGCGGGAGGUGCUCGGGGCGCCGUCCCUUCCACAUCAUCAAGCCUGAGGAAUUCACGCGACAGCCUCCGCGAAACGACAUGAGGGUCCUUCUCAACUUCAACUCUAUGUUCUACACGAAGUGGUCCCGCUGGUCCGCCUGCAGCAGGUCGUGUCUGACCAGGAGAUACAGAUCCUGCAAAUACCCUCUCUUCUGCGGCGGAAGUGUGGUUAACGAAGAGGCCUAUUGCUACGUGGAAGGCUCCCUCUGCGAGAAGUGGUACCGAAGGAGCCGCUAUCAUCCGCGAAAACACCAGACGACCGGGAAUAACGACGAGGACGGUGAAAACACCCUAUCUACCUCGUCCUCGCCCCCCUCUUCGUCGACUUCUCGAUACUCCCCCUCGAGGUCCACCUCCUCCUCUCCCUACUCCUCGUCCUCGUCCUCCGCGUCGUCUGCACUGAGCAGGUGGACCGAGGAGAGGACGCUUCCCCGUGAGUGCGGCGUGAGUAAUGUGACGACGCCGGGGUGGAACUUGAGGAUCAUCGGAGGACGAGAGGCUCAGAGGGGCAAGUGGCCGUGGCAGGUCGUGAUCCUCAACCGAUAUCAGGAAGCCUUCUGCGGGGGAACGCUGGUCGGGUCGCGGUGGGUGCUGACGGCGGCUCACUGCGUCAGGAGGAAGCUCUUCGUCCGCCUCGGAGAACACGACCUGGCUCUGAGAGAGGGCGCUGAAGUGGAAUAUAAGGUUUCAAGGACCGUCAUACACCCGAAGUACGACUCGACGACCGUGGACAACGACGUGGCUCUCCUGCAGCUGCCAGAACCGGUCUCCAUGAACUCUCGCAUAGCCCCAGCCUGCCUUCCUGAACAAGGGGCCAACUUACCCGUGGGAGACAAGUGCACGAUCAUUGGCUGGGGAAAGGAGAGGAACACCCACUUCUUCGGAACGGAUGUCCUACACGAAGCUGAGGUUCCCAUCAUCGCCAGCAAAGCAUGUGAGACUGUAUAUGAGGACUACUACAUUACUUCCAACAUGUUCUGCGCAGGAUAUCUGAAGGGCAGAGUGGAUUCCUGCGCGGGAGACUCAGGAGGUCCUCUGCUGUGCCAGAGACAUGGCCGUUGGUACAUAUAUGGAAUAACUUCCUUUGGCGAGGGAUGUGGAAAGAAAGGCAAGUUUGGCAUCUACGCUCGAGUGUCGAAUUACCGCCAUUGGAUACAGUCUGUCGUCGCCAGUCCCGACCUCUGAAGUGUACAUUAAAAGUUAGGGUUUUUUAGUAAUUCAUUAUUCUGCUGAAAUCAUAUACCGUUUACUUCAGUGCAUUGCGUAUACGAGUAUAUGUGGUGGAUGUAUAAACGUAAAGACACGAGAAAGCUUGCAUCACAACUGGCCUAGGCGGAAGGGUAUGUAUUGUACGGUAUAUGUAUUUGUAUAAUACAUCAUUGAUUCCACAAGAAAAGCAUAUAAAGUUUAUACACAUCGAACUGAAAUCUUGCAACUAGAACAUUCGAAAGGUAUAUGUCAGUUGCAAAUACAUCCGUAGUACGUAUAUGUGUGUAUGCAAAAAUAUUUAACAGUGAUAUUGAUGUCACUUUAUGGUCAUAGGGAUCCCAAACUGUACUUUGAGUACAAUGUAAAAGAAAUAUUUUUUUAAACAAAUAUUGUAUAUAAUGUAUGAAGCAUUAAUACGCGGUCACAAGGUAGACCAUUGGUCAUUUAUGCUUGAUUAAAGAUAUAUAUAUUAUCAUUCCACAGACAAUUCUGUUAUGUUGUCAAUUACAUGUAUAUAAUGCAGUAUAUAUCGUAUAUGAGAACUAGUUUGUGCUUGUUAAGUUUGGUGUUUAUGUUGAGGUUGUUUUCGGAAUGGGAAAAGGUCAGUGGGUAAAGUGUCCAGCCUUAAACUUCUUCGGUAGUCAGUGCUUUGUCUAGGGAGAGUUUAGGCAAUGGCACUGGUUUGAAUUGCCUGUCAUUCUCAGGGAGUAGAUUCUACUUCAUCCUUUAAUUUCUUACCUUCUUAUCUUUUGUGUAAUUAUUUUAACUUUUUUUUUUUCUAUGCUAUUGAUCGUGCUUCUGUGCUUUGAUCAAAGAAUGGUAAGCAUAUGUUUUACGUACAUUGUUUAGAACAUGGAACAGGAAAAUGUAAUUCAUUCGUUUUUUGCAUUAUGUGUGAUCUUAUGUUAACACAAGACACUGUUCUGGCUUGCUUUGCAUGUUUUCUAAAAGACAGAUAAUGUUAUGUUAUGUUUUCUUUUUUUGGUUUGGAUCACUGCUUGCUGCCACAGUAAGCUUGUUAUGAAGUGUAGCUUCUAUAUAACACAUUGUAGAUAUAGCAUUAUUAUGCCCUUAAACAGUUAUAUUUUUGCAUUAUUGUGUGUAUAAUGUAUUUAUGUUUGUUAAUAGAGGUUUUGUUCCUAAUGUACUCCCAACGCAGUAUCUUUCUUGUCCCUUGAACAUUGUAAUAAAUGACACACAUUUCCCUACAGUCAAUUUUUAAAAAGAAAUAAAAGUUUAUACUUAAAUACACCACUAGUUUCAGGUAGUUUUAUGGGCAUGCUCCAAGACUUAAAAGGCAAUUGACUGUCAUACCCUAUGGUAACCUUAUCAAUUAAAAUUAAAGGUCUAUAUGUUAUAUAUAUGGCCUGUAUAACAGAACUACAGUAAUUUAGAUUAUAAAGCUGCCUAGAACUCGGUUGGUAAGGAUGAAACUUCUAACACCACUACUAAUAUACUUUCACCUAACAUUAUCUUCUGCAUUGUCACUGAUGACAAAAAAAAACCCCUACCUAAACAUAAUGAGUUGUUUUUUGUCUUUUUUUUUAAUUAGAAGUUAUGUAUACUUAAAUGAUCAUCUCUAUUAUUAUAAUAUUGAUUCCAUGAAUCAUUCUUCAUCCAAGUUCAUUUGUUACUGUUACUCCAUGUCUGUAUACAGUAACAAUAGCAUAAUGAUUAUCCAACUGGAAUAAUCCCUAACCCAAAAAAAUUCUGACAGAUAUCAGAAGGUAAUUGAAGACAUAACAGAUAAUAUUAUUAAUUCGGUCCCCGUGUGUAAUUUGUACUCACACUGUUUAACCAAUAUCUAUGCCAUGUUAUGAGAUGAAAGAAAGCAUGAUUGCAAAUUGAUAAAAAAAAAGUUAUUUUUAUUACGUGACAGGAGUGAUAAAUAUCAUUAAAGAUGCUGUCAGUGAUUUAAGAUGCUGGUAGUUAUGGAAUAAAGGAAAAUAUAUACAUAUCAAAGUUAGUCUUAUUGGUGUAACUCCGUACAUAAAAAAAGUAAGUAAAAAAACAACAAAAAAACUGAAAACUUUCAGCCAAAAUGCAUUUUUGUUUACAUUUACAUAUGCAAAGGCAAUAUAAUACAUGCAGACAGUUACAAAGGUCUAUAAAUGAAGAUCCAGUGGUUCAAAAAACAAAAACAAAUGAGGUAUCCACAACAGUAUCUGACAGCUGACAGUUAUUCAGAAGUCACAGAAAACCUAGACUUCGUUUUUGUUUCUGUAUUACACAAUGAAGGGCAUCCCUGGCUUGUGCCAGUUAUGUGGGGCAAAUGGUCGUAAAUAUGUAAAUAUCAAUAUUGUAACUGAUUUUUGUACAAAAUGGACAUGUGUGUAUUCUGGCAUACAUAGGUGUUCACUGAAUUAUUGAUUGUAUUAAUGGUUAAUUGACUGCCAGGCAGUAUAACACAAGUGAUAGUAAUCAGCUUAUGUUUUAAGAAUUAUUUGAACUUGUGACUUUAAUGGAUAAUUGAUUUCCUUACUGUGAUUGAGAAAUUUGCUGAAAUAAGCAACAUAUCUACUUAUUUUUAAGACAUUUUGUUUCCCAAUCUCGGAGUAUUACAAGACGAGGGUUGUUGGUGGCUAGGUUUAGAACACAAAAUAAUGAUAUACUGAUUUUUCUAUUUCCAAAUGUUUACUUUGCUUAUGAGAAUAUAUCCCAAGAAUGAAUUAUAUUUAUUUGGUAUCAGUAUUUGUACUUUUUCAUAAUAAAGUAAUUGUAACCUC